AGUACAGACCAUCAUGGAUGAUGACUGGGAUGAUGAGUCUGAAAAUGUUGUUAUAUCAAGCAGUUCAGGGCUGGGAAGAGGAACUGUUGCUCAGGUUUUUGGUGACAAGAUGAGAGGAAUGGGGCGGGGAAAUGCUGCUGGUUUUGGAAAUUCUGAACAAUCCAAUGGUUUCGGGGAUAGAAGUGGAUUUGGAUCAAGAGGGGGGAGCACUGGCUUUGGAAAUAGAAAAGGCUCUGAUGACGAUGAUGACGCUCCUAGAAGUAGAAAUAGUGGUUUUGGGAGUAGACGUUUUGAGAAUGAAGAGAACAAAAUGUCCUCAGGUGGUGGCCGUGGUAAAAGAGAAGGAGACUGGAAGUGCCCCAAUUCUGAUUGUGGUAACAACAAUUUUGCCUUUAGAAAACAAUGUCAGAAAUGUGACACAGAUAAGCCUGAAGAUGGAAGUGGUGGUGGUGGAGGAGGAGGAUUUGGUAGAAGUGGUGGAGGUGGUGGUGGAUUUGGUGGAGGCGGUGGUGGAUUUGGUGGAGGCGGUAGAGCAGGGAACAGAACAGAUGAUGAUCAAGGUCAAUCAUUUGGAGGUGAUGGAAUGAGAAAUGGUGGGUUUCGGGGUGGUGGUGGUAGUGGUCCAGCAGGUGAUGCUGACAAGGAUAAAAAAGGGGAGUGGAUUUGCCCUGAUUCGAGCUGUGGUAACAAUAACUUUGCCUUCAGAAAGACAUGUAAGAAAUGUGACACACCCAAGCCAGGACUAGACAGUGAAGCAAGUGGUGCAGAAAAACCAAGAGAAGCUCCAUAUAUCCCCCCAACACCCUCAGAGAAAGAGGAGGAUAUUUUUGGUGGAACUGUGCAAAAAGGAAUCAACUUUGACAAAUAUGAUGACAUACCAGUAGAAGUCAGUGGGCGUGAUCAGUGUGGUUUUAUAAGUUCUUUUGAUGAAGGUGGAUUACACCCAACAUUUUUAAGGAAUGUGCAAAAAGCAAAUUACGAACGCCCCACUCCAAUUCAAAAAUACUCUAUACCAAUAAUUACAGCAGGACGAGAUCUGAUGGCAUGUGCACAGACAGGCUCAGGAAAAACUGCAGCAUUUUUAUUACCUGUCUUGACAAGCAUGAUCAACAAAGGUUUAACUACUGAUAGAUAUCAAGAAGUUCAGCUGCCUCAAGCCAUUUGUGUUGCACCUACAAGAGAAUUGGCUCUUCAGAUUUAUAAUGACUGUCGUAAAUUUGCAUAUCAGACUGAUAUUCGAGCUGUUGUUAUAUAUGGUGGUACAUCUGUUGGAUACCAACUAAAGCAAGUAGAGCAGGGUGCUAAUUUUGUAAUAGGAACUCCAGGACGGCUACUUGACUUUAUAGCACGUGGAAAGAUCAGUUUAUCUCAAGUUUCAUUUUUAAUAUUGGAUGAAGCAGAUAGAAUGCUUGAUAUGGGUUUUGAACCUGAAAUUAGAAAAUUGGUGGAGACAAUGGGAAUGCCCCCGAAGACAGAGAGACAAACUCUAAUGUUUUCUGCCACAUUCCCUGAGGAAAUACAGAAGCUGGCUGCUGACUUUCUAAAUGACUACUUAUUUGUAACAGUGGGCAGAGUAGGUGGAGCUAACACAGAUGUUUCUCAAAAUUUCUUUGAGGUUGAUAGAUUGCAGAAAAGAGAGUCCUUGUGUGAUAUCUUAAAUGCUGGAGGUAAUGAAAGAACAUUGGUGUUUGUUGAGAUGAAAAGGAAUGCAGACUUCUUAGCAUCAUAUUUGUGUCAGUCAGGCUUUCCAACAACAAGUAUCCACGGUGAUCGUCUUCAGAGAGAGCGGGAAGAAGCAUUGCACGAUUUUAAAAAUGGGAAAUCUUAUGUGUUGGUCGCAACAUCAGUUGCUGCUCGUGGCCUUGAUAUACCUGGAGUUAUGCAUGUGGUUAACUAUGAUCUGCCAAGCUCUAUAGAUGAAUAUGUUCACAGAAUUGGUCGAACAGGUCGCUGUGGAAAUCUUGGUAAAGCAACAAGCUUUUUCAAUGCUGACACUGAUCAACCAAUGGCUGGACAUCUUGUCAGAAUUCUAAAAGAGGCUAAGCAACCUGUCCCUGAUUGGCUUGCUGCACAUGCAAGUGGUAUGGGAUCUGGGGAUGCCGGCUGCUUUGGAGGAAAGUUUGGUGGAAAGGACAUCAGACAUGGAAAGUUUGAAGGAGGUGGAGGAUCAAAUACUGAAAAUAAUUGGGCUUCUGGAAAAGGUGCUGAUGUUGAUGAUGAUGAUGAAGAAUGGGGCUAAUGUUUUUUAAAAUGUUAAAAAUUCUUGAAACUAGUUUUAUAAAUUUUAAUAAUUACUGUUCAAAAAGUUCAGUUGUAUUUCAAAACAAAUUUUGACAAUUAGUUGUUUGGUUUUUUUUUUAAUUAAAAAAAAUGCAUUCCAUUUUUAAUCUCUAAUUCAAAAGCCAAGUUUUUGAAAUAGAUUUCUCAACUGUCAUUUUCAGUUUGUUAGACUUCAAGAUUCUGAGAUUAGAGCCUUGCAUUUUUCAUAUGUAAAUAUUUUUGCAAAAGUUAAAUUUUAAAUGCUAUGAUUGUUGGGCCUGUGAUAGUUCUAAGGACGACUGUUUUUGUUUAACAUUUUGCUUGUAUAUAAAUGUUCAUUAAAGUUAUGAUACACUUUU